UGUCGUCUUUCGUGGCUAUUACCCCCUAUGAGAAGAGUUCCAAAAGGAGCAAGGACAUAACCAGGGCCGUUUCUUACUUUUUAGCAAAAGAAAUGAUGCCCCUAAGCACAGUGGAACAAGACGGGUUUAGGAAAUUAGUUAAAGUGCUUGACUCACGUUACGAGCUCCCUGGCAGAAAAUACUUUUCCAAAACCGCACUGCCUCAGCUAUAUGAAGAGUGCCGCGAAAAGCUGGAAAAUAAUCUAAGGAACGUGAAAUAUUUUGCCACUACCUCCGACCUAUGGUCGAGCAGAACAUCAGAGCCAUAUAUGAGCCUCACCAUUCAUUACAUUGACGAGGAGUGGUGUCUGCAAUCAAGAUGCUUGCAAACUGCAUAUUUUCCGGUUGACCAUACUGCGGAAAUACUUUCUGCGGGUCUGGAGGAUGCACUCGCAUCUUGGGGCCUUAGCGAGGACCGCCAGGUGUGCAUCACAACAGACAACGGCGCAAACAUCGUCAAGGCUGUCUCGCUUAAAAACUGGACUCGUCUGCAAUGUUUUGGUCACCGGCUACAUCUAGCCAUUGAGGGGAGUAUGAGAGACCAGAGAAUCCAAAGAGCCAUGGGUGUGUGCAAAAAAGUGGUCAGUGCUUUUUCCUUCUCUUGGAAAAAGAAACGAGAACUAGCGGUCACUCAAGAGGAGCUCAAGCUGCCAAGGCACAAGUUGAUCACAGAAUCACCCACCAGGUGGGGGUCCCGCCAUGCCAUGAUAGCACGAGUGCUAGAGCAAGAGAAGGCCAUUGCAAAAGUUUUAUCAGCUGAUAAAAAAACAAGGCACUUGGCUCCCUCAUGGCAGGACAUCGAUGUUCUGGAGUCUGUGUGUAAGGCUCUAAACCCACUUGCUGAUUUCACUGAUGCCCUUUCUGGUGAAAAAUAUGUGAGUGUGUCGUACCUGAAACCUGUACUGCAUCUUUUCAGUGAGGAGGUCUUGAAACCUGUAGCUGAUGACUCGGAGCUCACCAAGACCAUCAAGGCUUUUGUCCUCACCUAUCUGAAUGAGAAAUAUGACAACGCUGCCACUGAUGAUCUUCUGAGCAUAGCAUCCCUUGUUGAUCCUCGUUUUAAGACACGCUACAUCAAAGAUGACAAGGUUGAGGCUGUGAAAUCCAGAGCUGUAGCUCAGAUGCUGGAUGAAUGUCAGAGCACAUCGCAAGCUGCUCCUGCAGUCCCAUCCAUUUCACUGAGAGGAGGCAAAGGUGACGGUGCUGCUGCUACACCAGCCAAAUUGCAGAAGAUGACACUGGGCAGCUUUUUCAAGAAGUCCUACACCAAGUCUACUGCAACAUCUGAUCUCACAGAACAGCAGGCUAUUGAAGCUGAACUAAAUGGCUACCUGCAAGUUCCUGAUGCAGACAGCGAGACCAACCCCCUGGAAUGGUGGAAGAUCAAUUCAGCAAUAUACCCCAGAGUGAGCCUCCUGGCAAAACGUUACCUGUGUAUUCCUGCCACCAGCUCACCCUCAGAGCGUGCUUUUAGCACAGGUGGUAAUAUAGUGUCCUGCCACAGGGCAGCUUUAAAGCCAGACACUGUGGACAGACUAGUGUUUUCUGGCAAAAAAACCUGUAAAAGUUUACAAAUUGUGUGCACUAGCUAAAAGUUGAAUAUUUUUGUUUACAUUUUGCAAAUUUUAUCUACCUCUUAAAGCCAGACACAGUGGACAGACUAGUGUUUCUGGCAAAAAACCUGUAAAAGUUUUACAAAUUGUGUGCACUAGCUAGUUGUUGUAUAUUUUUCAUGUUUACGUUUUGCACAUUUAAAAUACCUCUUAAAUCCAGACACUUUUUACAGACCAGUCUUCCUGGCAAAAAAAGAAAAAAAAAUACAACUGAAAGUUUUACAAAUUGUGUGCACUAGCUAAAAGUUUAAUAUUUUUGUUUACAUUUUGCAAAUUUAAUCUACCUCUUAAAGCCAGACACAGUGGACAGACCAGUCUUCCUGGCAAAAAAAGAAAAAAAAAAUACAACUGAAAGUUUUACAAAUUGUGUGCACUUGCUAGAAGUUGUAUAUUUUUAUGUUUAUAUUUUGCACAUUUAAUGUACCCCUU